AUGCCGUGGCUGAAAAGAGGAGGCGGAACGGAAUUUAAAGAUAAGCGCAAUUUAGACAGUGGGGUGUGGCUCGGCAGCGAUGAUUCUGUGGAGUCGGUAUUGUCAAAUAGGAGCGGAUUGGAGGGGAAUGAUCACCAUGAGCGUUUUGUUCUUGGCCCGUCUUAUACUACGGAUAUUGGUGGUGUAGGUGCCGCUACUAAAGGCAGGAAUGGAGAUAGGGAAGCUGGGGAACAGCAAGCUGCGCUCUUAUGCGGCCCUGCAUUUGCACGGAGUCGUCAAGUUGCUAGAGAGAAUUCUACCAAGCCGAUGCGGGUGGACGAGCCAUAUCAACAUCGCCACGCGCGGCAAAUUGUCGCGGAUUGUCUUGAGACGGGUCAUGAGUUUAUUGACAUCUCAAAUCUUAACCUGCGCACUAUUCCCCCCGGCCUCCUUCGACCAAUCUCGCAAUUUACAAAGUACCCCAUCAUUGAGGAGAUGGAUAAAAUAUCCUCUUUAGCCCGCGCCAACCACGAGCAAUUUUUUAGCUCCUUCGAGCCAUUCCUCUGUCUGUUCAUGACAAACAAUCAACUGAAGACCCUACCAGCCGAAGUCUUCGAGCUCUCCAAUCUCAGAGUGCUAAGCGUACGCCACAACGAGCUCGAACAGAUCCCGGCCGCUAUCGGCAACCUGACAAAGCUGCGCGAACUGAAUGUGGCAGGGAACCAGCUCUCGUAUCUACCGAUUGAGGUGUUCCACCUAUUGCAGAAAUGCGACACGCACAUGAAACAGCUGACUGUACAUCCGAACCCGUUUGUGAUGCCUGAUAGCUCAAAUGUGGCAGAAUGGCAUUGUCAUUUCGAGUCAGAUGAAAACCAGCAAGAAAGCGUAGCUGAAGUCAUGAGCCCGCCUUUAUCCACAAAAAUAUGUCCAAGAUCCGCAGGCUCAAAGCCCAUACCCGUUCCUAUUGCAAGAGGUAAGGUGCAAUUUUUCGACGCAGAGGGACGUCCAAUUGACACAACCGAGCCAACUACCAAUUCUAACACCAGCAUCCUACCCCCACUUCCUCCUUUUUCUUCUGCAUCAGCAUCGUCAAUGCGCUCUCCCAGUCUCUGCGACCUCGCCCUCCGCGCCUACAACCGUGGACCCCAAAUCUCGCAUCUCAUCGACCCGGUCACCUUCGCCGGACCUGCCAUGAUCCUUGACCUUCUAAAACACGCUGAAAAGGUCCGAGAUGCAGGCGGCAAGAAGUGCCCGGUUUGUGCGCGGUCAUUUGUGAUUACACGCGCCCAGUGGAUCGAGUGGUGGGAUUGUGAGUCGUAUAGUGUGAGUCGUUAUGGUGGCGGCGGCUAUGAGGAUGAUCAUGAUUUUUUACGUGCAUCUAAGGUGGAGAGAUUUCGGAUCCCGGGGGUGGUGAUGAAGCCCCUCCCGUUUAUGAGUGAAGUUUGUUCUUGGGGGUGUGUGCCCACGUUUGAAUCAUGGCGAGGAGGGCUGGGAAAGCGGGAUGAAUAG